AUGAGCGCGCCUCAGCCGAACGAAGCGGAGAAGAAUAUUGAGAUCUGGAAGGUGAAGAAGUUGAUCAAGCGCUUGGAAUCCGCCCGCGGAAAUGGAACGUCCAUGAUUUCCCUCAUUAUUCCGCCGAAGGACCAGAUUUCUCGCGCGGCAAAGAUGUUGGCGGAAGAAUACGGUACCGCGUCCAACAUCAAAUCGCGAGUGAACCGACUUUCCGUGCUGUCAGCCAUUACUUCCACGCAGCAGCGUCUCAAGUUGUACAACAAGGUCCCUCCGAAUGGACUGGUCGUCUACUGUGGUGAAAUCAUCACAUCGGAAGGCAAGGAGCGAAAGAUUAACAUCGACUUCGAACCCUUUAAGCCCAUCAAUACCUCGCUCUAUCUUUGUGACAACAAAUUCCAUACCGAGGCACUGAGCGAGCUUUUGGAAUCCGACCAGAAGUUUGGUUUUAUUAUCAUGGAUGGAAAUGGCUCGCUGUUUGGUACUCUCAGUGGCAACACCCGAGAGAUUCUGCAACGUCUUUCGGUCGACUUGCCUAAGAAACACGGUCGUGGUGGUCAAUCCGCGUUGCGUUUCGCGCGUCUUCGUGAGGAAAAGCGUCACAACUACGUCCGCAAGAUCGCCGAAUUGGCUGUGCAGAACUAUAUCACCAACGACAAGGUCAAUGUUGCGGGGUUGGUGCUGGCUGGUUCUGCUGAUUUCAAGAACGACCUCAACCAGUCCGACAUGUUCGACCAGCGACUUCAAUCCAAGGUCAUCAAGGUGGUGGACGUCUCUUACGGUGGUGAGAACGGCUUCAACCAGGCCAUCGAACUUGCCUCGGAAACCCUGAGCAACGUCAAGUUCGUCCAGGAGAAGAAGCUGAUCGGCAAGUACUUUGAGGAGAUCAGUCAGGACACCGGCAAGGUUUGCUACGGUGUCGAAGAUACUCUCAAGGCUCUGGAGCUUGGCGCGGCAGAAAUUCUGAUCGUAUAUGAGAACCUGGAUAUGACUCGAUGGGUUCUCAAGAAUGCCAGCGGUUCCGAGGUUGUCCUCCACACCACCAAGGCCCAAGAAGCCAGCCGGGAUCUCUUCAUCGACAAGGAGACGGGACUUGACAUGGAAACAGUCGACUCGGGCUCCUUCCUUGAGUGGCUCGCUGAAUCGUACAAAGACUUUGGCGCUAACCUGGAGUUCAUCUCGGACCGAUCGAGCGAGGGUAACCAAUUCGUCAAGGGAUUUGGUGGAAUUGGUGCCAUUCUCCGGUACAAGGUGAACUUCGAACAACUUGCCGAUUAUAGCGACGACGACGAGUUCUACGAUGAGAGCGAGGAUGAACGGCCAGAAGCUCCCGCGGUGGGUCUUCUGACGGCUCGCCCCGUGAAUCAUGAAGGCGGCUCCCGCGAUGGAACUAAGGCAUCCGUGAUGGAUCACAUGAAAAGGCCUGGUCCCAGCUUCAUGAAGCUGCUUAGAGGGUCAUCCAAGCUCCGUGAUAUGCUCACCGAGGUGACCUCGGUGUCGGAGAUGAACAGGAGGUGUAAAUUGCAAUUUGAAAGGUUGGAUGUGAUUCUCUCCAGCAUUUGGCCAUCCAAUGCCAUCUGUUCGACUUGCCGC